GUAGUGAGGGAGGGUGUCAGCAUCGGGUUUCACUGUAAAUUGUGCUUAUAAAUUUGGUGGUAAUUCACAAGUAGGAAACCUUCAGCUGAGCAGUGAGCACCAAAUUGAGAGAGAAGAUAGAUCAGCAUGGAGACUCCAUACACAUCAUCUCAAACCUACAUUGAUGAGUUUGACCCUGUGGAUUACUACAGAGCAUAUUAUGACCCUGAAGAAAAAGCUAUAACUGGAGAAUGGUCUGAAUUUGCAUUGAAGAAUCUCCAUGAAACCUUCACUUCAGGUGGUGUUAAAGGAGACCUACUAAUUGACUUUGGAGCUGGACCCGCAAUUUAUCAUCUUCUCUCUGCUUGUGAAGCUUUCAACAAUAUCAUCACUUCCGACUUUCUUGAGCAAAACCUAGCACAGCUACAGAAGUGGCUGAGGAAUGAUCCCGAUGCAAUAGACUGGACUAAAACUGUCAAGUUGGUUUGUGAACUGGAAGGUAACAGUGACAGUGAGAGCUGUAAGAGAAAGAUAGAAAAAUUAAGGAGAACAGUGACAAAAGUUCUGAAAUGUGAUGCUCUGAAGAAGAACCCAUUUGACCCGGUGGAGAUGCCACAAGCCGAUUGCCUGAUUAGUUGCCUCUGUUUAGAAGCACCCUGCAAAGAUGUAGAAUCCUUCACCAAUGCUUUGAGAAAUUUGAAGGACCUCAUUAAACCAGGGGGUCACAUAGUAAUACAGAGUUUGCUUAACUGUUCAUACUAUUGUAUUGGUCAAAAGGCAUUCUCCUACCUGCCCAUCACUAAGGAAGAACUGGAGGCAUCAUUUAAAAAGGCUGGCUUUGAAAUACUGAAACUAAAGACCACUCCAUUUGCUGAAAAAAAGGCAGAAAUUAGUAAUUGUAAUGGCUUUUACUUUGUCCAUGCCCGUAAACCAUGUCCAUAAGGCAAACAGCCUAUCAAGUAUUUACACCCAGGUCUAAGGCUAAGCUCGCACAGCAAUGGAGAGCAGCGGGAGCACUUUACCGCUCUGCCAGCUGUCCAAUCCUGGACCCCACUGUUGCCAUGCAUAUUUGAUCAAGUGCUGUUUUUCUACAUUCAUGUAAGUGUUUCCACCUACAAUAAACACUCAUUGCCUACAGUAU